AUGGACACCAGCGGACAAACGCCCGAAGCUCCACGAGACCCGGUCUCCUUCAUUAAACAACCAAGAGUGAUUAUUAAAAUUGCUUGUCUGGUAGGUGCUUUUGGUCCUCAGACUCUUCGCGGAGUUUAUUCUAUGGGUGUCAACAAAUGUAAUUUCACAAUCCCUUAAAAAAUAAGUGGAAUAUUGAAGCUAUUAAAGAAUGUGUGCCUGCUCUUCAUAUCUUGGGCAGCUAACAGAACAUCUUUAAAUGUUUCAUCUAUGAAUAAAUUUUAUAUUCAUGGCAACUGCAUUCAUGGUUUCAUUUCGUUAAAAACUGAAGAUACAUCGUCGUCUUGAGGAUAUCUUCAAAUAUAUUGGAACAUAUCUGUAUUCUAAGUGACGGUUUUAUGGUCCCUUUUACAAUGGAAGUCAUUUUUUACAUGUUAAUAACCUUGAACGUCAUAAUGAAGCAGUACGCCGUUUCAUAUACACGAGAACUUUUUUUAACAUUUUUUACUGUAGUUUUAAUUACAAUUUUUGGAUAUUCUUAUCUUUGCAAUGCAUCUGAUUUUGUCAAGUUUAUUGACGUUUGAUUCGGGAAACAAAGGCCGGUGAAAAGCUCCUCACUGCAUACUUGCCUUUUUCGAGUACAGAAACUCGUCAAACUAGUGCAGUUUCUUAAGGCAUUUCUGGCAUUUUUAGUUAUGGAAUGACCGAUAACUUUUUUGAUUGGUGGAUGCCGCUUUAGGAAAGUAUAUGGCAGGAUAAACAUUUUGCUUAUUUGAUACUUUUCGCCAAUUUUUACGAAUGCAUUGGCGUACGUAUACGUAUGCGUACAACAUAUUUCUGCCCAGAUACUGUACCAGUCUUAGGAGCUAAGCUUCGACUGAACUCUCGAGGAUCUUCUCCGCCGUUGCUUUAUUUUUUUCUGGAGAAAGGCCAUGUCAACCUUUUGUUAAUUGAACUUAUUCUUUUUUUCAUUAUCUUGUUAGUUUGGAAUGCCGUUUUAUUAUCUUACAACCCUGCAUAAGUACGGCCCCAUACGGCUCAUCUGUUUUCUCCUUGAAACGUGACAACAUGAACUUCUUCCUUUAGAGCAGCAACUGUCGAAUUUUGCUGCACAGAGUAUGCACAAGACGGGGAUUUGCGUGUGAACUGGUGUUUAGUGAGUCUGACUUACGCGGCAUAUAACUAUCUUCCUACUUCCUCGUCAGCUAGUCUGUGAUAACAAAACAAUCUUACGGGAAACCGCGAUUGUCUUGGACGCAGUCGCUAACCAUGCUUAAAAUUCCCUCUAUGCAUGCCACACACCAUUUGGUUUUAGUAGGGACGACUAGGAGUUUCUAUGAUUGAAAGUACAAUAAAGUUUACUUUAAGAAACAGUCAUCGUGCCCUGAUCUUUAGUUUUCUAUUGGUCUGAAAAUACCUCCAUCAGUCAGCGUCUAUCCGAAGCAAGAUCUUUAGCGCAUCGACCUGUAAAACAGCUGGUGCUGAUGCAAAAGAAAGGCUUACAUCUGUUGCUCGUACGGAUUUUUUGUAACCUAACACUGGGUCAGUCUGGCAUCUGUUUUAGUCUAGAUUAUCUGAAGCGCAGGUCGUUGCGAUGUCGGCAGCAUAAUUACGUGAACAUCCGGAAUUCUAACUAUCUCAUAUUGGCCAAACGUGCAACCCCUUACUCUAUGGCUCCUUAAAUUAGUCCCAGUUAUUAGAAGAAUAAUUCCAGCGGUUCGCGUUAUUCCGCUACGCCAUCGAUGACCUUGGUCCUUCUCAUUAAAGUAUCCAGCUACUCAAAAGAUUUUCUACGUAAGUUUCAAAUAAGUAAUAUCGAUACGGAUUUCCUUACUUGUCGUCAAACUAUAUGUGAUAGACUACAUUCCGCACAUUUCACAUAAUCAAAGACUUAAACUACCAACCAGAAUAGAGAUGCUGUUGUCAUCUAACUCAACAGCAUAUCCUGGCUGAUUGGCAGAAUGAACUGUCGUAAAAUAAAAACAUGAUAUUGAGGGAAAGAGAAUGAUAAAUAUCAACGUGAAACAUAACUUACUCAGCUAGAACGAUUGAAAAUUAAACUCUUUUAAUAAUUUGAAUUUUAAACCGAACUUCAGAGGUUAGUGUUGGAUAAAACCCCACAUAUUUCAGGCUAUUGCAAUUUUGGAUUAUAUCAGUUAAUCUUGCUGUUCAGUAGCCAUUUUAGAUUUUGAGUAAUGAUCGGGUUCUAGCGUCUGUCCGCUUGCGGAUGUGAUGGAAAGUUUAUAUUUCUCCCAGAUAUGUGAUGAUAGAAUGAACGCGCUCGUUAACGGUAUACCAGGUUAAACUUACCGUUUGACAGCUGGCUCAUGCAUAGGACAUCCUCCUCAAAAGACAUCGUGAACCGAAUCCGUCGUUGCUGUUUUAUUGCCCAGAAUUACCGGUAUACAAUACGGUGCAGUCCCCGCAACGCCCUCCUCUACCUUAGUAUUUCGCUUGUUAUCCAGUAUUAGCUGGACCCUGACACGCGUUGCCGUGGCUCAAGCCCAUGAAUUGGGAAAUAAGGGAAAGAGGAAGGGGCACGUUCCCAACUGAGAAAGAUAUAAGGGCCACCGGUUGGCGGGAUGUAUUGUGUGCGAAACCCAGGAGUGUUCCUCUAGUCACUGUCGAAGACAGGUCAAUUGUUUGCUGCACCCGGCCGCGCUCGAGCGUUCUGGAGUAAGUGGUGACGGCGGACAUUUAUUUCGCCCACUGUUGUCGAUCGAGAAAUUACAGGCAGUGUGUGCCUGAAGUCUGCUGCAAGCAGUAGCAGUGCAUAGGAAAUGGUCUGCUGUUUCCUCGCAAAUCCCGCAGUGCUCGAUCAACGGCCUCGAGCGCUUUCUCUGGGCCAUUGUGCAUUCAUUUCAAACAAUAAGUUUAAAUUGCUUCAGUACUUUUCCCAUGCCGGAUGCUUUGGAAAUGUUACACGCGGGGGUUUCAAUGAAUUGCGCGUUCAAAGGCAAUUUCGAAGCUGAAUGAACGGAUUUUCUGCCGGGUAGCAGAGUUGCAGCUAUUCCGGGGAUGCAAGUGCUAGGGCUGUGUCAUUUACUGGAUCGAAUUGCCGUCAGAAUCGGUCGUAGUAGAAACGUUUUGCCAGUCCCUCCUGGCGCGCCUAGGAAAAAGAUUCCUCCAAACCCCUUAUUGACAUUCCGCAUUAUUUGAUCUUAAAUGCCAUUUUUCUCCUGUCUUAGCUUAGGAAUUUUUUGAUUGCAAGCAUGGCAGAAGUUGAACCGUGUUACAUUUUUGCUCAUGCCGCCAAUCUACAUCUAACGAAGCAGCAGCAGAUUGGUUUUCCGGUGACAUUCCCAGUUGACUAGGAACUUUGUUCGCGAUUUCUACUUACAUAUCCUCAGUCACUAAUAACGCCUCGCUGUAGAUUCCUGCUGUGCGAGCCACAUUUGAAUUUUCCUUGCAUAGUUGACGGAAGAUAUCUUUAGCCAUGUGCGAUUUAUAUUUCUCCCGCAAAACUGUUGGAGACUUAGGAGAGAAUGCGAUCAAUAUGACUGCAAGCAAUGCAUGAAUUUGAUGUGAAUGGGACUUGAUGCAGACGUCAUUAAUACAUACGUCCUACUGUUGAUCGUUCUCCAGUAAAUGAAGAGCCUGACACGCACUGCUGAAAGUGGCAUGCGUAACGCCGUUGAUAGAUUUCAGUUGCUGGAAAGACGUUCGACGUGGCACAUUCAUCAACACCAUGCGAAGUAAGAUUGGGAUGCACGGUAUGCAGUCUGCCUACCGCAGUUCUUUGAGUAUGCCAGGGUGUCCCACCACUCGCUCUCCUCGUUUGCGUCGUUCGGAUGAUUUUAUAAACAUAUUCCCUGUGUAAUACGUAGACACUUCUGAAUACGACAGCGUUUUAGCAAAUGCGGCAGUUUGGCUUAACGUGGAAAACGCAGUUAAUGUUGUUGCCGGGGGACCUAAGGCAACCUGUUGCACAUUUGCAGCUGUAAAGUAAACGCAUUGCCCAUUCUCUAACUGUACUACAAGUUUACAACACCUGGACUUCGCUAAUGGAGGAGGAAUGGAAGAAUUCGCCACACGGAUCUGUUGCAGUUGACGCAUCUUCCAGCCAAAUACUGUGCGCUUUCAUCGAGUCGUAUGUCCGCAUCCCUUUCUCUCGUUUCGUUUUGCAGGCCGAAAACGGCCAUGUCGCUGCCUAUAUUUACAUACUUACAAAUGCACCCAAUUCUUUUCCCGGAAUUGCAGUUUUACACGUUUAUGUGAGCUGCGUUUGCUUCUAAAAGCAAGGGCGAACAGGACACAACGCAGCGGUUAUCGACUUUAUGCCACCGAUUCGCGUUCGUACGGUCUCCAAUUUGCCGACGUCUUCCGCUGAUCCUUUUCCGUGUAAGGGGCUUCCGUUUUAAUCGAAAGAUGUGUUGCAAACGAAUGCCCGAGGAUAUCUCUUAGGGCAUUUUCCGUCUACCAUGCCGGGGGGAGGUGCGGGGGGUGGGAGAAUUGGGAUUUAGUGCACCUCAAGUUUCAUGUAUCAUAUUCUUCGUCACAACUUCAUGCAAAUCGUUGUUGACAUCGACGUCAGGUAAUUCAUCGCGUAUUGCAUCGUCGAUUUCGACCUUUUUAUAGAGCCAAAUGAAGACAUGUGCAUGGGCCAGUACCCUCCUUUGCCGUUCCACCUAAUACAUCCAGCAACGCACAGACCCAACCACCUCGUGCUUCACCAUGAAGUUCAUCAGCGAUUGCAGUUUCUUCCUGAAAAUACGUGCAGUGAUGUAAUACCUAUGCACCGGCGAUAGCUCAGGAAGUAACAGCUGAUAAAUAUCCCCCCAAGCUGGAUUGCAUGUGAACGUAAUGAGUAGGUCUGGACGCCCGUACUGACAAACGUAAGCAAUUGCACCUCGAGCGCAUUCGAACAAAUGACGUGAACUGUCUGUAUAUGUGGAUGACAAAAUCGUUAUUCUUACAACGUUAGGUGUAUUACCGUCGUUUACAACUGCAUCAUGCAAACGAAUGUAUUCUUUAGAAUACAACUUGAUCUGAUUUAAGCGAAUGAAAAGCAGGCGUUCUGUUUCGUUUUUUGCAUACAUAUCCACAAUGCAGUAAUGAAGCAAUUGACGGCAUGUCAAAAGGGGGAUUACGUACACUCCGCCAAAUCAUAAGUUGGUAGGAGUAGUAGUUCAUUGCGCUGCAUUUCAUGUGCGUUACCUCAUCUCUGACUGGAUUUAUCAUCCUAACGUUGAAAUGAUAUCCACCGGCACCAUCUCGAAAAGUAAAUGGAUACUGCGUUAAAAUCGGUCUCCGACUAACGGUAUAUGUUAGAUGGCAAAAUCGUAAGCCUUCCAACGAAUGUUGUCGUACCGUCAUUCACAACAGCAUCACGCAAAUGAAUGUGCUCUUCAGAGCGCAGCGUGAAUGCUGAGCACGGAGGCGUGUUGGACACUGGUCCGCUGUUUAUCGCUGGCGUCUUUCAGCCACUCUCAGCUUGUAAUUUUCAUUCUGUUGAGAAACGGAGCAGACCUAAAGCUGCAGAACGCGGUAGUCGUGACUGCAACCGAGCUUCCUCAAGCCGACCUGCACGGCACUGGGAUGAUACUGGGUGACAGUCCCCUUAUGUGGGUUGUGCGGGGGAGAGGGUAAGGGAGCUUUGUAAACCGCAUCCAGUCGUCACGCCCGAGAAUCCCAGCGGAAGUGUUGACAGCCCCAUUAUGUGGGUAGUGUGCGGCAAGCUCAAGUGAAGCCCAAGGGUUGCAUUUUUUGUUAAAGGGUGGGUAGUUUGCCUACCGGCCCAGAUUGCAUGGGUCCAGACGUGGGGGGCAUGUUCAAGUGUCUGCAGGGUGAGCGGAGGGGUGAGCUCAGCCAUCGGACGGAGCCCAUGCGUUUGAGCGGAUGCCGGUCAAGGGGCUCGACGAACGCACGUGUGUCCGAGUGGCUGCCGGUCAAGUGGCCCCAGCAGGUGGCAUCGUUAUGCCGGAAAAAAAUCUGGUUUUUUACCCAUCACAGGCGUACCAUCGCAUAAUUACAAAGGUAAGCAGAAAAAAACCAAGCCGUAUGCGCGGGCAAGGCUAUGUUCAAAUUUCUGCGCAAUCGGUGCAGUACUUUCCGAGAUUACUUAUAACACGCAGAAAAACCCUUCCACAUAUAUAGGCAGAAUGGUAUUAUCGACAAAGACAAGGGAGACUGGAAUGGCCAUUUCUGGCUUAUUAGCCGUCGUCAGCCAGCCAUAUCCAAGCCCGAAGUGUGGAACACCCGAGCUUCGAACUCGCGACCUGUUGGUUUAGAAGUCCACGCCUCUACCCACCGGGCCACGAGCCCGUUGCCCUGUAGGUUUUCGAUCGGGAAUAUACAAUGUUAGGGGGCGCUCUACGAUCGUUCAUACGGAACUCACUCGUUCCGUUGUGCCUUAAGGGCUCUCGCUCUCGAGCCCAACCAGCAGCUAAUAAGCCAGAAAUGGCCAUUCCAGUCUCCCUUGUCUUUGUCGGUAAUACCAUUCUGCCUAUAUAUAUAUCAGAGCGGAUACGACAGAGUCUGGGGGGUAGAUUGAUACAGCACUGUUUCGGGCUUGUUUGCCUUCAUUCAGCCAACCAUAACCCUGACCACCAGCUGGGACCGGAAACACAAACAUGCACAUAUAUAUAUGGGCAUUAUAUAGGGUCACUAAUUAAACCCAUUCAUCGGCAUGAUUAACUGCUAUCUCGUAGGCUUGCGGAGACAUUAGUCUACGAAACGUAGCUGCUGGCAUGCUGUGGUAUAACGGGAAUGACUGGCACGACCUUUCUGUCAUUCACCAAAUGUUAUAAAGAACAGUCAAAUCGACCCCUAAUACUAUAGCGGCGUUAAUGCUAUUAUUGCUCGUUCAGGGCAUGCCAUCUGUCUUUUUCGUUCGUGGAGAUUCCUCCUCAUCUGCGAUUUAAUGUGCACAUGGCACUUUUUCGAAUCAAGGCUCUCCGCUACAAUAAUAAGGCAUACUGAUGGCUUGUACAGGCGUGCUAAAUGCGAGGGUCACUUUAAGAUGCACUGUAGAUUUACCGACUCAUUAAGUGUUGGCUAAAAUUCUGAAACGCAUUUGCAGAUUUUUUACUUGAAUGAAGGGUAUAGUUUUAUUUUAAAAACUUUUCCAAUUCGCGAAUAAUUUGAAGCCCUAUCUGCCGUUACACUUCCAUUCAGGGUUCCCAAUCCGCAAGCUGUAUAUUUUCCGUAUACGGGAAACCAUACUUUCCUAAACACUGUUAAAAGGAGACCGUGUGUGGUUUAUAAAUUAUUGCAGGGGGUAGAGACAUGUUGUAAACCUUAUAGACAACAUUAAUAAAUGCAGCGACACGAUGUGGUAUGAACGGGCAUUUCAUAAUCUUAAAAUCUCAUAAUUAGAAGCUUUUGAAACUAGAUUAUCUCCUUCCUUUAAGUAAAAAAUUUAAAGACGAUGUGAUUUUUUGCCAAAUGAAUAAAAGAACGAAUACUUGUACACGUAUGUCUUAUGAAAUAUAUUUAAAUUUAUGAGGAAACCGAAAAUCGAAGAGAAAAAUUCAGAUUAAUUUCUCAGUAACUUAUACAGGGGUUCAGAAAAACUUUAUUUCAAAAGGCGGCGUCCCAAUGUAACUGAAGUAUCCUGGGAUUAUGCUGCAGGGUAAUUAAUAUUACAACCUUACCUAAUUAAUAUUUUAAUGUCAAAACGCAUUUCAGGAUGCUGGUUAACAUUUCAUGUGUUAGCACAUUUGCUGUAUAAAUUAAAGUUAUUCACUCGUUAGCAGAAGUUACAGGUAUUUUGCGAUCAAACACAGGACCUACUGCGCUACAUCAUUACUUGAAAAUGGAAGGAAAAUGUAGUUGGAGUUAAUAAAACUUUUUAUCCGGAAUGAAUUUAUCCAAUCCUUUAUUGUUUCUGGAAUUCGCAUACAUUUGCAGGACAGUAUGUGCCAGAGGCGCAAAUUUUGAUGAGUUUGUCCUCCAAAACGUUCUUGUCCGUGGGCAGAUUCUAUUGGUGAAAAAGGAAUAAGAUAACCGACGGCUCACUUUAUAUGUUCCUUCAUCAAAGGUAGCAUGCAAUUUUAAGAUUUUCGAUUUUUUUCUACGUCUGCAGCAGUGACAUUUUUCGAGUUUUUACGUGCAAAAACGCCCCAGCAACUGGCAUUCUCCGAAAUAAUCAGCUGUCAUAUCAGAAAAUUGGAAAGUUGGCUUCUGUUUACUUAGUCCCCUAUAUUUUCUGUCUACUGUCUACGUUAAACUUUAGACUUUGGUUCGAUAGCAUGGACAUUUUUCCUAGCCUAAAAAAUGGCCUGAAGCAAUAUUUCUCCGGAAUGAACUUAAGGCAGACAAAGACGGCAGAUUUUAUUUGAACCAUUUAAUUUUGCAACGGCUUAUCAGCUGCAAGUGAAAAAUAUACAGAUGUUUGAGCUUCGACAGAGAAAAUCAGUGUAAAACGGCAGUAAAACGUAUAGCAUACGAUGAUCUUGCUGUUAUACAUUGAUUUUCUCUGUCGAAGUUCAAACCUCCGUAUCUUUCUCACUUGUUAUCUGUGUUAUGCAACGACAAGCUGCAGUUGAUAAGCCGUUGAGAACUUUACUGAUUCCAAUAAAUUUCGCUGUUUAUGCCUACUUUAAAUAAAAAUGGCUGUUCAGAAACAAUAAGAAAGCCAGUUUUAUUGCGUUUCCGCCGCAAGACGUUACUCAUUUCUACGCAAAGCACUUGUUAUUUUUAAUUACAUUGAUGUGCCUUUGCCGGGCGGCCACCGAAAAGUUGUCCGAGGGCAUGACGUGUCAUUGUUUAUGAGAUUUUAAGAAAAAUGCGGUCCGCAUUCAACUCUUUAAAUUCCAUAUGAAAAGGCUAGUUUUCACUGACAAUUCUGAAAAUUUCCCGAAUGCCGCAGCAGAUUUUUAGCUUCGGGCAAACUCUGGAACGUUUCUGUUAUUCAGUUCGAAUGCUGCUAUGAGCAUCGGAUGGCCCAUUCUUUCGCAGGAGCUCGAUUUUAUCUAUUCUGCGAUGGUUUGGAUAUCCCUUGUUGGACCUUGUAUUAUUUUGGUCUAAAAGUCUAGCUGUUUUUGGCAACAACGCCGAGUUCCCCAAGCCCAAAAGGACUAUAGUGCAACCAAAAAGUGUUUAUUUUGGUUUGUGAGCGCUGAAAUAGAUUUUGGCCGCGCAAAAACCUUAUAAUUUUAAAGUGAAUGAAGAACAACGAAACCUCUCUGCAUCUCAGAGCACACAUUCUUACUGACUGCUUUUAAGAUUAACCUUAAAGGACUCGGUAUAAUCCCACUUGGUCUUUGGGCAUUCGCUACAGUGCAGUAUUAAAAUAAAGAUAAUUUCUCCACCUUCCUGUCUUCAGUUGAUCUUUUGCGUCUGUCAUGACAAAAACCUGCGUGGUUUUCAAUUUGCACAGAAGCACUUGAGCGGAACUUUAUUCUUAGCCAAGUUACGCGACAUGCUCGCGAUCUUGUGGCGGACAAAAUGAAACUUUGCAUUCUUAAUUUCUGCUUAAUGGCACUUAUUUGAGCUGUAAUGGCAGAUAGACAUUUUUACCUGCCUUCGACAGGGCGGGCCACACACCAAGCAAUAGACUGGUUUGAUGGAUGGUUUAUGUCGUUUUUUGUUUCCGUCGCAAUGGAUUUGGAAAGUGCCGCAAUGCCAAGUUCACUGGGGUUUCUGAUUUUUGACAGCGCUGUAAAUUAUGCAUGCCUUUGAGUCAAUUAAAGUUGGAUGGAACUUGUUUUUGUUGUGUCUGGCGUUUAUUAAGAACUGGGACCCAGUUUUUUAAAGGCCAAUUAUCUAUGAACUCUAGCACAAAUACACCUAAAUACUUUUAAGCUAAUUUUUUCAUUAGUCUUUAGAUGGGAGUAGGUGUGUAAGGGCAAAAAAGGCUGUUCAAGUAAAAUGAUUUACUGAUGCCUAUUACGCAACUAAAACCUUCCAUUUUAUACUUACUAAUAGAUUCACAUUAGGCAGAAUGACAUUACCGACAAAGACAAGGGAGACUGGAAUGGCCAUUUCUGGCUUAUUAGCCGUCGUCAGCCAGUCACACGCAACCCCGAAGUGUGGCACACCCGAGGCUCGAACUCGCGACAUGUUUGUUAGAAGUCCACGCCUCUAACCACUGAUCCACGUACCCGUUGCCCUGUCGGUUUUCGAUCGGGAACGUACAAUGUUAGGGGGCGCUCACCGAUCGUUCUUACGGAGCUCACUCUUUCCGUUGUGCCUUAUGAACUCUCUCUCUCUCGAGCCCAACCAGCAGCCGCACAGCGGCGCAUGAUAUAGACUAUUAGUUGCCAUUUUGGUCGAAUUUUAGACCAAUUUAUGCAUUGUCUCAGAAUUCUUGGUAUCAGAUUCAUAGAUCUAGGUUAUAGAAAACCAGAAAAUAAAGCCAAAUCCACAUAGUUUUCAAAUUUCAAUACUCGUAGUAAAGACUGCUGGAAAAUACAUUGAAUUCUACUCGAAAGGUUCCUCUUCUGCAUUCUUUUGUCCGAAACUAGCUGCCACUUCGAAUAUUUAGCUCUUGUAGAUUAACACUAUUUCACUCCGACUAAACAAAGGAGGUCUGUCACGACGUCAUGCCCUUUUGAAUACCUUCCAACGACGAAAAGGCAAAACAGUUUGAGGUAUAAAUUGGAAGUGAGCAUCAAGUACACGUACUUAUAUGAACAACAAUGCUGUUGCAAAGGGCGUUAUUCUGCCGAGACUCCGAUUAAUCUAAAAAGCAGCGUCAUACCUCAUAAUAUAUUUACGGUGGUCGGUGGAGUGCCACCAGCCUCCCCGACACAUCAAGUCCUUCCACAACCUCGCUGCCAUAUAAACGGUCUGGACAAUUCUGUAGUUUGCGGACUGCUCAUUCACGGACCCUUUAUCUUUCUUGUCAAUAUCCUAUUCAUUUUCAUAGCCGCAGUAGACCCGUCUAGAAUUUCGUAGGAAAUUUUUACGAGCAAAUGAUGCAGAGAACUUAGAGCAGAGAUUUUUAGGUCGGGCUCUGAAUGCCAUUUCGUCAUUAAAAUAAGCCAUUGGUAUCAUUGGGAUGCCAGUAGCACGCUUAUUCACUGAUUUUCAUGAUCAAAAGUCCUUCCGAAGCCAAGCUCAGAAAACUGUCGUGUUUCCUUUAUCGAGUUUUCAACGUGUCUGCGGAGGCAAAACCAGAAAUGCGUGCUAUAGCCCUCUCCUAGUUGACGGCUAAUCGCAAUUGCAGGAUGUGACACCAUAAAAUUGGCGAAACGUUUUCUGUCUUUCAGCCGGAACUUCCAGUCUAGGAAUUGUCCUCAACAAACGUAAAAAUUUAGCGUUGAAACGCUUUAUGACCUUGUUUAUUGUGAAUUCUGGGUAGAUGAGACUUUCGAGCCCAUUUUACUCACAAUUUUCCUGAUCUUUUCUGACCCCCAUUUUGAAUCUCAUACUCUGUGCAGCCAGCAAUUUUCUGCGUUCCUCUGCGCACCACAAAAAUACUUCCGUUUUAGUAUAUUGGGUCGUUCAGCCUUGAUUCUGACACUUAGGGAAUUUGCUUUAUAAGCAGUUAUGUGUCUCAGGCAGUUAGGGGCAAUAAACAUUUUUCUUCACCUUUUUCGGCUACAAAUUGUGAAAAUAAGAUCAAUGUGGGAAGUGACUUUUGCGGGUCGCAUUGCACAUUUUUGCAUUACAUUUGAUGCUGACAAAAAGUUAUCGGCUUUUGAGUCAUACUGGACUUAAAGAGCAAGAUUUUGUUGAUCAGCGUUACUUUCGAAACAUAGCCCUGUCUGAUCUUUUUGGUUUCUUGAAAAACGUAUGCGCAAACUCCGAGUAACACCGCCCGCUCGGUCUGAAAGUUGGUAUGGAUACUUGAACUGAAAUCCACCAAUUUUCGCGGAAUAAUCGCAUCGUACUCAUAAGCUGCCAGCAGCCAGUCAGCAGUUUACAAAUACAGGACGAUUCACCUUACUGGCUGCGCAGAACCUAGGUAAAUGCUCAGAUAUCUGCUUCGCCGAUUUUAUGACGUUUCAUAAAGCGACUGAGAGAGGGUCGGCUCGUCGAUGGGUUCAUCAGCGCCUCUGUGUCUCUUUAUGAGCAAGGCGUUUAUUUAUGUUUAAGGCGCGUUCACCGACAAGGCUACCGGGCAUGCUUGUUGCAUUGUGUCUUGGAGCCCAGUGUAGAGCCCUUUCCGGCAAUCGUGUAGCAACCAGAAAUAUAUAUUGAAAUACCGUCUUAUGCCAAUACAUUUCAGGCUUCAUUAAAAGUAGCUCUUAGAGGACGUGGCCACAGUCGUUAUGGGAACUCCAGUAGCUAAGCUGUCACUGCAAUUAAUGUCGGUAUUGAACGUUCAGAAUUAUUUUGCGAAGAUAGACCGUAUUUAGGAGAAACAGUGGCCUUAGAAAAACAUGCGGCUGCCAUCGCGAAAGUAUUUUACGCAUUGGCCAAAGGCUUCUUUUUAAAAGGUCAAAUUCUGGCAACGACCGGAACGUUAUCAAUUAAUAAAAAUAGUAAAAACGAAUUUUUGGAAUCAAAACCUGCCCGGCAUUCCUUAGCGAAUUUCUUUUCAAAAUAAUUUUAUGAACAAUAGAUUGCAAGCGAAGGACACUGGCAUUUAUUAAAAAUUAUAGUUUAACACUAUGUUGGCUGAAGAUUUUUAAUUAUAUUUAAUUGAUUUAAAUAACCGAUCUCCUAGGCAAAUGCAAUCUCCCGAGUAAAAUGGUGAACUCAGAGUCAGUCUGGCAAUUCCACUGCUCCGAGCACGAGGGAAAGUCACAAUUGGACAAAAAACAAAGCCGGGUGAAGGCAGGACUGCAAGCGUGCCCCGCUCUCCCUCCUCGUAGGGCGUGUUUUCUGAGAGGGUUUAAACGGUGGACGCAGGGGGAAUCGUUGACAAAGGUCUGAGGGCUGCGAGUCCCUGGGGGAUCUUAUCUGGCUCAUCUGCACGUGCGUAAUUAUGCGAGAAAAAGGCCCAACGUUUCGGGCACUGGCUGUACGCAAGGCGGAUGCAUUUGCCUUUUCGCUGACAACGAUUUUCGGCCUAAAUGUGCCAGUGCCACGAGGCAAAAAUCAGCCUAAAUAUCUGUUGGGAGUUUUUCCAGAAAUUAUCUAGGAAAAGAAAGACUCGUUGGAGUUCCUUUAUUAGGGACUUUGUGGGUCAUUUACAACAGCCCGCCAUUCGUGCGUGGCUUGCGUACUGGGUCAGAUACGGAAAUAUGGACUCCCCCAGUACUACGGGUGGUCUUGCGCCUAAUUCCAAGUGGUUCCUAUUCCCAUAUCCUGCCUCUUGCCCUAACCAUAGCCCUCCUAACCCUAACUGUCCUAACCCUAACGGCCUCCUUACACAAGCCCUAACUCUAACUAACCUCCCUGGAAUUCAUAGCGAGGCUAAUUACAAUACGUGGGUUAAUAUUUCCACGCUCAACCGGGUACCGGAUGGUGGUAAGUAAAGAUCCUACGAUUGAUGUUCCUGAUUUAUCAGUGUGUGAGUGCAUAAUUUCAGCGACCAAAAUUUGCUAGAAGUAUAAUUGUGGAUGACGGUCCAGUGGGAAGAGUGAACAAUGCGCUGCUGUUAUUACCCUUGAACCCAGAGACGGGACGGUUGAUGUGAUAUGCACCAAGACCAAGGUGACGGUUACUGCUCUUCCCUCUCGAGGUAUCCGCUUCUCGGAAAGCUCGCUCGAAUGUUUGAUGGGGAGGGGGGGGAGGGGUUCUGCUGAUAACUCUGGUGGCAUUCCAAUUCCAAGGAUGGUUGCCUUCAAGCGAAUGCGACACGAGGUAUUGUGUGUGUGUGUGGGGGGAAGCCUGUUUUCUUCAUUGGGUGGAGCCUCUGCACGACAGGUCUGCACAUACGUUGGUAUUUCUUGUACAGGGUAGAAUGGGCCCGAAAAUAUGACUGUAAACAGGGGCAAUACAGGCUUGACUGCUGGGUGAAUACCAACGCUCCUCCUCCUCAGCUUCUAGAGUCCACUUUUUGGCGGACGGAGUGACUAAUUCCCAGACCACAUCUGCACUCUCCGCCCUCUUCUCCGGCCGCUGGUUUUCAUGUCUUAGAGUUUUUUUUUACAGGAAACUCAGUGCAUUUCCGCUCUAUAUUUGUAUAAAAGAUAAGAAUGAUAAUGUAACAAGCUGUUAACCGGAUGUUGGUUGCUGUAACACAAAGGCGCAGCGGAGGUGAGCUCUGACUCUGCUUCUUUGCCGAGUGGCAGGAUAGAUACUUCCAUAGUUUGGCAUAAUUUCGGCACAACCUACUGACAAUCAUUCUAGGCUUCUUCUCAAGUAAAUUAGUCGAUGUAAAAAGUGUCGUUGAAAAUACGAUGGAGAUAUUCGACCUCCGGUUUCCUUAUGAAAACGGUGUCGCCAAUGUAUUGGGGUCUAAAAUUUGGUAUUUUACCGUCUAAUUACGUCUCCUAAUAGUGUGGACACAUUUAGUUAGGAAGCCUAUUGGUGUUUUAUCGCUCUAUUGAUUAGUAACGAUUGUCGAGCUUGCAAGAAGUCUUAAGGCUGAAAACUUAGCAGUUAUACCACAUUAUAAUUAAGAAUGUUCGUGGACUUAUCUGGAGGGCCAUGAACUCCGCAUGCUGUAACCUACUCCCUCAGUAAUGAGAAAGCUAGAGUCAGGUCGAGAAUAGAUUGCUUUCAUCUGAGUGUAGGUCGAAACAUCGAAUUCUUUGAUGGAAAUGUUGGUUGUGUUUUAUCAUUUUAGGCCAAACUACUCAGGUGUUUUAGGCGUCUGAAAGUCAUUGGGCAGACUCCGGUGACUUAGAAAGUUUAUAUUAACUGCGUGACUUCCAGUGACUGCAUGCACAUGCAGUGGGAGGACCAAUGUUGUUCACAAACAAUCGUGGCUGUGACUGUUAAUUAUUCUACUCUGGCGCGCAUCCAAAAUAGCCUCUCUUGUCGCAGUCGCCUGCCUGUCCCCAUCAUACAGCAUUCACUACUUUUUGUUUAUUCUGUCUGACACGGGGCCGUCGUUCGCAUCUCGAAUAUUCACAGGUGAAUUUCUGGAUUGUCGAAGAAUGUCACUUUUAAUAUCAGAACUGGAGUAUAUGUCGGAAACCGCAUGGAAAACAUAGGGGUACCCAAUAGUGAACUGAACCCUCUACGACUGUGCCAUGUAUGGGCACGAAAUCGACUAAACAGGUGUCUGGGCUGUUAGCUAAUACUCGUACUGGGAGUAUGUUAAACUACUCCAUAUUUAUUGAAUAAUGCUUUGGUCUCAUGCGUAUGGCAGAUUAUAUGAGUAUGACCGGAGAUAAUCAAGAGGAGAGGUAGGCGUUGCUGUCCUCUGUUAUUACUAAUCAACGGCGUAGAACUAUUAUUUGCACUCCCGUAUCCUGUUUCCGAUAGGUGUUUCUGGGAAAGGAUAAUAAAAGCCGCAAAUAACUCCAAUAUUCGACGUUUCUUUGCGCUAUGUGCCGAUAAACGUACACCUACAAGGGGAUUCGUAAACGGGAGGUGAUUUGGACGUUUAACUCAUACACGUAAAAAAUCACAUCCAGCACCCCCGCCCCAAAUAAGUGUGCUGGGCCCUUUCCUUCUCCAGAUCCUCAUGCUUUUUUCCUUACUCCAUAUAAACAGUUUGGUUUACUCCCGAAGGCGUGUGUGUAUUCUUAUUUUCACAUGCAAUGUCUAUCUUUCUCAUCUAGCUAACAGUACUUGUUGCCCUGUGCUGUGCUUCCUCUGGAUCCUCGGUCAAGGAAUACCAUGUUUUCAAUGAUGAUGCCUCGGCCAGUCAGUUCGCCGUCGCAGUCUUUGUCCUGGCCUUUUUAUUCAGUAUCAUCUCACUCAUCAGCGAUUACCUCUACGGCAGUGCCUCAAAUGUGAAACGACGUCGAAACAUCUUGCUCGGUGAUGUUGGUGGCUGUGGUGGGUUCUCUGAUAUUUUCAUUUGGAUGUCAGUGUCUCUGCACAAACCUGUUGUAUCCCUCAGCAUUACAAGUGGCUUUUCCCUAAAUUCUCGGCUUACGGUUAUGAGGGUUAGUGCCAGGUUCAGAGCUAGGCAGCAUAGAGUUGGGGUUAAUGCUAGGACAUGGAAUAGGUACUCCCUUGGAAUUCGAUGCAAGGCCACUUUCAGUACGGGGGGGAGGGGGUCAGUAUUCCCGUCUCCGAGGAGGAUUACCCAAUUUGUGUAAUUUUUUGUCGUACUGACAACACAGACAGAAGCAAAAAGCCCAGGCGCACGUAUUUUGCCGAUCUUGUGCCGCUGUCUGACGCAGCUGGGAGGGGUUCGACUCACCAAUGGGUCCCCCAGCCGUCCUCCCCGUGUUUUCUGGUAUAUGAAUUUCAGUUUCGCCUUGUGUUGAUUAUUUUUCGAGGAAAUGAAUGCGCGGACUUGGAGUUAAUCCUUCGGAACAGACCUUUUCAGGCACAAUCUGAAAUUAGACAUGAAUAAUUGGGCUGAAAUGCAUGAGCUACCGCGGAAUAGCCGUGUAAUAUUCACAAACCGCUAGCAGACAGCCAGUAGUAUGGAAUUAUGUAAUUAUUUACCAAAAUUGACAAUACAGUUCGAAGCUGUGGCACUACUCCAGCCUGCUUGAUCGUCUUCUCCUCAAGCAGAGUGUUGUCGCUUUUUGCCGAGGUGUCUCCGUCCUUUUCAAAAUCGACUGAAAGAACCGAUACUUUUUAUAUCAAGUUCAAGCCAGACUGGGCUGCAAUAAAACCUAGCGGUUUCUGCGGGUGCGGAGUUACGCUAAUCUUCUUCUUGGGUUAUGAUCUUGGUACCGGAUCUUCUUCGUCUGUUUCCAAAUGCGAGUUAUUUUCCCUCGGUGAUAAUAAAGGCUGGUUUGGACGCGGGAAUAUGGAACCAACCUGGUAAUGCAGAUAGUUUUGCGCUAAAUCCCAGGGAUGGCACCCUACACUUAACUCCAACUCAAACCUUAACCCCAUAACUUUAAGCAAAAGGCUAAUUUUCCAGCUGGAGAUUUACGCAUGACCCCCCCCCCCGGAAGAAAAUUCGGAGCUUUCAUAUUUCCAUGUCACGCUAAAGGAUGUAGCAGGAAGACUAACUAGAUAUUCUUUCAUCUUUCCGUUGUUACUUUCUGAUUCCGAACCAUAUUCUGGUAUAUUAAUGUGAGUAAUGUCUUAUCAGUAUUCGGCCCCCUAGUCUCUGACGGCAAAAUAAUGCCCGUUCAAAUCACAUCUUCAAAAUCCAGCGAAGCGACCUUAAGAGUAGUAUUAUUAUUUACAGGUACAAUUAGUACCUUCGCCUCGUGUUUUUGCCUGUAUUCCUGACCGUUUCAACCGCCGACAUAGACAAGUUUCAGCCAGAUCAGAUGAAGCCUCUGCAGUCUAUUCCCAGCUGCCAAUUGGAGGAGCGAAAUAUAGAAGAAUGACGACGCCAACGUUACGAGAAGAGGCAAUAGGUCAUUGAAUGAUUCACGGGUCAAGCAAGGGGAAGUAAGCCAUGUCGUUUUGUGACUGGUUUAGAAACUGACGGAACCUCUCGGCUACUUCAAGCCGGGGACUAGAGUAAGCAAGAUAUCCGGCAAGGGAAAUAUUGUUAAGCUUCUUGAGGGGAUUUAUCCUGCAUAUCGUAGGCUUACCUCCACCCAUCCCAGACUAUCCAUCCUGGCACCAAGCUGUUCACGGAAAACACUAAGUUCCUCUUUUCUCUGAGUUGCAAUGAACUUCACAAAUUACAGAUGCCGCGCCCUCUAUUUAAUCUCAUCUGUGCACCGGAGCAUCAGCAAAGGCCAAAAUUGUGUCUUCCUCGUCUUCAGUCGUGAAUUUGCGUUUCACUUUCAGCCGGUUCAUUACAGCGAGCAGCAGAUCACUCGGUCUCCGCUCGGCUACUGCGGCGAAAAUAUCCUCCUCACGCGUGCACAGAGUUCGAUCUUACUCAAAACUUCCAAGAAUUUUACCCUAAAACCUGGAAAAAAAAACAGAUAUUGGAACAGGACCUAGAGCGUCACUCACAGGCACAUAACCAAAUGUCUGAAUAUAAUUAAACUAAUAAGAGGUGGACUUACAAUACAUGGGCUAACUCAUAAAAUGUCAACUGAAAUUCCGAAAUGCGUUUUCGUUUCGAAAAGAAUAAUUGAGUAGGGUUGUAAGACUAAUCAGCUUGAAGUAUAAUUCUAUAAUAAUUCAGUUACCUCAGGAUGCCGUCUUUCGAACGAUUAUUUUUCUGGCUGCAUGCAAAAAUGCACACUGUAAAAAAAUGACUACGUAAUUAGCAUGCAUUUUUCUAAUUGAUUUUCGAUGCCCCUAUAAGACCAAUUAUAUUUCAUGGAAAACAUGCAUCAAAAUACUUAUUCUUUUACACGAUCGGUUGGCACUGACGUCUUCUUCCAAUUUUAUGCUCGAAGGAAGAAGAUAAUUCGGUUUUAACAAGGUUUUAAUUGUGAGACUUUCCAAUACCAUGAAAUGGUCGUUCAUAAAACGUCAUGUUUCAGAUUUUAUCAUUGUGGCUUGUAAAGUUAACAAUAUGAAUCACAUCCAAUGCGACAUUGUAUGAACCUCUAUGGUCUUCUCUUAGUACCAUAGAGAAAAAUGCGGUUUUUCGUACGCGGAAAAUAUACGGCUUGUAGUUUGGAAACCCUGAAUGCAAGUGUGACGGCAGAGCGGGUUCAAAAUUAUUCGGAAAGUGGAAGAGUUUUCGAAAACUAAUUUAUAUCAUUCCUUCGAGUAUACAAUUCGAAGAAGACGUAAUUUUCUAGCGAAUGAGCAGGAGAAUGAAUAUUUUUAUGCAUGUUUUCCAUGAAAUAUAAUUGGGCUUUUAGGGGGAUCGAAAAUCAAUGAGAAGAGUUCAUGCUAAUUAAGUGGCCAUUUUUUACAGUGUGUAUUGGCAUGCAGUCGGAAGGAAGUUCGUUCGAAUUCCUGCAUCUUGAGGUAGCUGAAUUGUGAUAGAAUUCUGCUGUAGGAUGAUUAGUUUUACAACCCUACUUAAUUAAUCUUUUCGAAACGAAAACGCAUUUCGGAAUUUCGGUUGACAUUUCGUGAGUUAGUCCACCUACUGUGCAAAUUUCAACGUCUGUUUGCCAGGAAGGAGAUUAAUUGGACACCGCAACGGUCAGCGCAGUCUUUUGAAAUCCCAGUCUUGCGGGAAGCCAUUAUCGGCGGCAUUAUGGAAGCAGAAACAAAUAUGCAGCUUUUGACCGCUUGCCGACGGGCUUUGUCACUAGUUUAAAAUAAGCGGUCUCUAAGUAAAUAACUUCAACUGUAAAGUUGGUUGGAAGCAUUAUAACAGUCCUGUUGCUUGCAUGACUGUUAAAUAUCCUCCUCGAAAUACUGUGAGUGCACUCGCGCCUGCCAGGACUGAAAGGACAUUCUCACGCAGACUGGCGUGUACCUACCAUCGCUACCAGAAUAGAUGCCAACCAAUAAAAAAGACGGAGAUUUCAAAGAGCUAAAGCACGCAUCGCCCUGCUGUACUGAGUGAUUUUAUAGCCCUAAUGCCGGGUUUGUAGGAGCAGAAUCUCUGAGAGGAAAGACUGAAGUACCUGACACAGUGGCGACUUCUGCGCCACUGGUGGGGGGAUGAGCGCAGCGUCAGCCUUGCUUUCUCAUUCCACACCACCCACCAAAAUUCGCUCGGCAAGAUGUCUCGUGAGACGGAAGCGGCGGCGGGGGGUGGUGUUGUUGCAGGAACCUCCCGCGCAGAUGAGCAAACUCCUGUUUCUGAGCCUUCGAGCUCGUGCGGAAGUGAGCACAACCAUCGGGUUAGACGGACAGCCGUGCAGCUAUUGUAUUUUCUGUUUGCGCCUCACCUGCACGCAGCUUUGACUGAGAACGAAGCCGCGUCGUCUAGUGGUAGUGGUCCCGCAGCGCGCGGUACACCGGGGGAGAAGGGAUGUGCCGGUUUGGCAGAAGUGCAGUCAAAGAUACAGGUCUCAAACAGCCCCUGCUUCAAAACCACAGUGCGCUUUGGAGUAGCGAGUUCCCCCUAGGCAAUGUCAGUUUUCGGCCUUUUUUCGAGGUGGUUGUAGGGUAAAUGCCAUGAAAAAGUGUGUUUUCAGAUGAAAAAUACUAUCUCGCCAAGGUCCCCGCAUAAGAAAUACUUUGAAGGUUAGACUUGUCGACAACAAUUUGUAUGACCAAAAGCACUUGUUUGUUAAUAUCAUUUUUUUCAAAAGCCCGAGGUCUCCCUGUUGAUGUCAUGCGUUUUACCCCAGUUAAUGUCCGAUAUUAUAGCUGUGGAUGUACUUUUGUAAAUGAAUUUGUUACUUUUGGCUAGGGCAGCGAUAAAUUAUUGCUAUCAGCUUGUUGGAAGCAACCCUCUAGCAUUCCGCACUAGAGUUUUAAAAAUGGCUGUCUUCUCCUGAAAACUAAUUUCAAUGCAAUUAUCAGCAAAAGUUCCACCAAAACAAUUGUCUGUUGUGUUAUGUUUCGAAAAUUUUUAAAAAACAGUCAUAAACGGGGCACUUAAAGACCGAUUAUUGGCGGAACAGAACUGCGCAUAAGGCUUUUUUCGACUUGCUGACACGGUGGCAUUUUACGGCAAACAGCCCAUUGCGCUGAAUGGCUGGCUCGAUUCCUCGUGUGCAGUCCUCUAACAAACUUUGAAAUAUUUUCUUAUUGAAAAAACUGAAUUUCGACUAAACGAUUCGUUUACACUCAACUAAUUUCUCUAAAGAUAACAAACGCGACACGCAUACGUCCUCGACACUUUCUCCUCGGGCCACUACAGGUGUAAGGCGAAAUUGCUCUUAAGUCAGCCAGUGAGCAAGUUUUUUUCCUUUUAUAAAGUAAACGGUUUGUUGUUAGGCCAUUGAAUAAAGAACAAUAAAGAUCAAAUAAAAAAUUGUGCUAGUAGCAUGGCUGAGGCUGCAUGUCAAGGGGCUUGUUAGACAUUAUCAACUUGAAUCGUAACUUUUAUUAUACUUUGUCAGAUGUUGCGUUAAAUCAUUACAAGAAUAUAUGCAUGAAUGAGACAUGAUGGCAUUACUGAUAGAGAUAAGGGAGACUGGAAUGCCCAUUUCGACCGCAUUAGCCGUCGUCAGCCGGUCACACCCAACCCCGAGGUGUGCAACACAUGGGGCUGAAUCCCGCGACCUGUUGGUUAGAAGUUCAACGCCUCUAACCACUGGGUCACGGGCUCGUUUUCCUAUCGGUUACGAUCGGGAAAGAAAUCCCCAAGGCACAGCGGGACGAGUAAGUUCCGUAAAAGCUAUCAGUGAACAGCCCCCCUCUACCAUUAUGUAUGGAUGCAGUUCUUUGUCAAUCUCUAGAACCCAAUAGACUGUGUAACACCGUUGUCGACUUCGCAUACUGGAGCACCAGUUGUUUUUAAUUUGCUUAAAUGAUCCACUUUUCAUAAAAAGCUGAAGAAUGGAAUGGGUGUUCGGCUCUGCGCCUUCUUUGAAAAGCUCUCCUGGGGAUCUAAUUUACACCUACGUCUCUAUAUCGAGGAAGGAUAACCAAUUAUGUCUUGAAAAGCAGCUAAGAUAUCAUUAAAUGUGUUGACAGAAAUUCCAUAAUAUGUCUUCGAUGAGGAAAUAUUACUUAGAUGGGAUCGUUAUAUCGCUCAUCAUUCAGUCACACGGGCAUGCCGUCAUUUAAAUGCCCUCCUUGUUGGUUGUAUUCAAAACUGGCUACCUAGACAACAUGCAUUUUUCCCCUGAUCUUUGACAUUCUUAUAGAUUCAAAUACAUUUUAUAGGAGGCGCGCACAAAAACGUUCUCUCUUCUACUCAUUCCGUAGCAAAUCAUGUCCUCUUUGAAUUUUAUUCCCGAAGAAACGAUCAUUUUAAUCCCCAUGUAGUUUUUAAGUUGGUGUGCCAUUACUCAUGCAUUUAGGAUUCCCGAAGCACGAAUUGUAUACUGUCCAUAUCAUACGGGACUAAUAAAAUUUUGCAAUGGGUGUGACCAUGUUUUAUACUUCAUAGGGAAAAGUAAUAAAUGGGCAGUUUUAAUGCUUGCUCACGGACUUAACAAAUCGCAUUAUUAUAAACUCCUUUUAGAACCGAAAGAAAAUCUUUCUCCGAGUCUAACCUUUGAAGGGGAUUUUUUCGGUCGCGUAUACUUUAAACUAUAUUUUAAUAUAUAUAAGCGCAAAGAAAAUCGGUGGGAAAAAUUUAUACCGCUUGAGUAGUCAUUUUUUCGGAUGCUGGGUUGGGGACUGUCGACACAGAAUAGACAAAUCAAAAAUAUAGAACCAGGACUAUCGGAGUCACCUGGUGUUAUUGCCCGUGCCAGGGGCUGAAAGUCACCUUGCAAAGCCCCUUUUCUUACGUGGAAUAUUUGGGCCAGUAGGACAUCAAUCUAGGUUCAGUUUUGCGUUUUUCUACUAUUUUCUAAUUUUCAAAGACAAUAAUGCGAAUUUUUUGGGCUUACUCAUUUUUAUAUACCCGGGACCUAGCUCGCCGCGCUCGGCCCUAUCCUCUCUCGCCGUGCCGCCGUGCCGAACCAAUCCCUUUCGACUGCUUCAUAUUGUACAACUCCGUGCACUUGGCAUAUUAUUUACUCGGCUAACAAAAUAUACGUUUUGAUCCUUAAUUGCAGGUUAUCAUUAAACGACGCUUUCAUAACGGUUUCGUAAAAAAUUGUGGUGUCAACUAUGUAGCUGAGAAAGGCAGAUGCUUGAUGCGCUGUGUAUGCCGACUUUCCGGAGAGCAUUCGCAGAGCCCAGCCGACUUAAUCCUACGUUCUUUUGAUUAGUUUGAGGCCGUUUUACCGGUUGACUUUUAGUUUUUUUGCCCUUACUAGAGACAGAACAGUCUGGCCGAUACGACCCCCGCUUUUCGCACCAUCUGUUAUUCUGAAACGUCUCGAGUGACAUGAAGGGCAAUUACCUGUCUUUUUAGUGGCUUGUGGAUUUACGUCCCAUCGGAAAAACACCGACUGCUGAUUUUUUGAUAUUCAAAUCUGUGCCCAACGUAUGCCCGCAUGUUCCGUAGUUGUUCCUCCUCGGCCUUCAAAUCCUCACUUAUCAGUCUUAUGCUAUUAAUUCUGGUCGAUUAGUCCCGGCUGCUAACAGUUUUUAAGGUUGCUCAUUACUAUAACAAUUCCGUGUUCGAUGUCACCCUUCCCGAUGGAACCUCUUAUAAUUGUGGUUUGCGUUGAGCGUGGGUUGAUUAAGCUCCAGCAGCUUAUAUCAGCUAAAAAGAAAGUAGAAAGCGCCUCCUAUGUCAUUCAUUUUGGAUCGACUUUCCCAAGUAAAAUUGUGGUCAAGAAUCUGGAAACAGUUUUGAGAAAACUUCAUGAAGUUAUCACGUUAGAGCCACCAAGGGCAACAUGUAUCUGAGCAAACCAUUCUCUCAAAAAUCGUGGUUAGCAGGCUAACAGAUAUAUACGGGUGAACUUCUGCGUUCACCUGACCUGCAAUACGAGGUUAUAGAAUUGUCACCAGGUCAAAUUUAUGUGUCUUUUUAAUUAACAGUCGUAUUAGCCCAAAGUCCUCCAACGAGGAAUUUGGACAACGAACAUUUUUGGCUAUCGCCUGGUAAAGACACCAUCGAACAUUUUUGGGUCAUCAGAUAGACGUGCACACUAAUUAUCCCAUAUUUUUCUAUCAGUUUCUCAUCCUCACUCAUGUUCCCUUGCAUUCGGGCAGAUAUAACCAACGCAUGAAGAAUUUACCCUUAGGAAUCCAUGAUGCAUCUCUUGAAGACCCGCACAUUCAGUGAAGACCGCAUCGCGCUUGGCACUCGUACAUGGCUGUUUACUUUUGUCAGCCACUAAGCACGACUCAACACAUGUCGGAUGGUUGACAAGUUCGGGCAUUCGACUGAGUAUGGGGGAGGGAAGGGAGAAUGAGCUCUACACUGGGGCAUCUAUCCUCACGGCACAUCAGCGCAUUCCCUACAACAAUGAUCUAUCGCAUGGCAGACCGUCAAUGGAUGGGAUUACUCGGCCCUCGUGACCACUACGGCGUGUGUAUGUGGAGUGACUGGCUGGAAAAUGGAAAUUAGAUUCGAUGCCUGUUUCUUAAUGACGCAGGUAGGUUUUAAGCUGCCCCCCGCGGAAGCCUGGUAUAUUCCGAGGGAACCAGACUGUGUGUAUGUGUGGCAUUUGUAGACAGACUUUCUAGCUUUGUCUAGCGUUUUGUUCCAGUUGUCUUGGCCCUGUCCUUCCAUCAGAGCCACGCAGGUGAGGGGCGAGGGAGUGCCAUAGAUGCUUCGCAAGUCUGCUCCACUUUAAGCCACUUCACGCGUAAGUCACCGGGUUGCACAUGCGCUCCGUGGGGUACACAGUAAACGCCGUCGCUACUGGCUGUCGAAAUGUCGGAUUACACUCCACCGAGUUAUAUUUUGCCACCUAAUAAUAAAAUGGUAUAAUAAGCGACGAAUAUUUUGCUAACGAAACUCUACUGCUGACUUAUGAUAAAGGUGUUUCCAGAAACUUCGAAGUUAUCAGAUACAAAUAUGCGGUAGCCUUUAAAUAGACUUCGCUCAGUCAUUCUCCUUAGGUUUUGCGGUUGAGGCCUGGACGAUUUGGCCUGAGAAGCAUUUCCUGCCAUCUCUUCUCUAUCCUUAAACUUAUAUUGCACCUUUUUGUCAUAAUGCUGAUUUAGAAAUAUCCUGUGUAAUAUGGAAUAUUUAAUAGGAAUAUAUCUUAUCUUCGGAGGUAAUCCUAACCCCUUACAUUCUCACUGUUGAGAUGAGUCGGAAGUAGUUAGGAAUUGGUAUACUCCUCGACAAUGCACUAAUUCUGAAUUCAAAAUGAUACUACCGACAAAGACAAUGGAGACUGGAAUGGCCAUUUCUAGCUUAUUAGCCGUCGUCAGCCAGCCACACCCAACCCCUAAGCGUGGAACACCUGGGGGUCGAACUCACGACCUGUUAUUUAGAAGUCAAUGCCUCUAACCACUGGGUCACGGGCCCGCUGUUCUGUCGGUUUCGAUCGGGAAUAUGCAAUGGCAAAGGGCGCUCACCGAUCGUUCUUACGGAACUCACUCGUUCCGUUGUGCCUUACGGGCUCUUUCUAGAGCCCAUGGGUAUGACUGACUGACGACGGCUAAUAAGCCAGAAAUGGCCAUUCCAGUCUCCCUUGUCUUUGUCGGUAAUACCAUUCUGCCUAUAUCAUGCGCCGCUGUGCGGCUGCUGGUCGGGCUGAAGAGAGAGCCCGUAAGGCAAAACGGAACGAGUGAGGUCCGUAAGAUCGAUCGGCGAGCACCCCUCUACCAACUCGGAAUUCUUCAUCACUCAGAGUAAGUAUUUUCCAAGAAUUUCCUCUAGGAUCCUUUCCGUGGAACACUGCCUCUUAAGUGGAUAAAUCUAGCGUGCUUAGGAAACUUUGUAUGGCAUUGCUUUCAGAUCUUCGAUUACAUUCCGAAAUCAAGCGACUCAGGUUGAACAGUGUAAACUAAAUUCUUGGAAGUUUUAUUAUCGUUUUUCGAAGAUUUGGCCAAUGCCUGGCCUGACACUUUUUAACAACUUAUCUGAUAAGUUGUUGAGCCAGUUUCCGGAGCAGAUAUUGGUUGGACAGGGGAAAUAAGUUGCCCCUCGCACUUUAAGAGAUCAUGAGCUAUAUUGUAGGAGGAAAACCUGUUCCGGCAUCCUAACUUUGACCCUAAGCCCCUCCCCCCCCCAUAACGCUCCUUACCUUGAACCUGGCACCGACGCUAAACCCAGACUUUAGAACGAGAUCACCUGUGAUAAGGGGGGAAGCACUCAUUCCUGUAUCCAGCCUAGAUAUACAAUUAAUUUUGCGAGUCGGAUCGGAGCUCUGUUGUCCAGGUAACUUUACUCAGCGUUCGCACAUUAAUCCCCGGUGAGAAUAUAUACUGUGCUGUGGAAUUUAUUUCUGCCUUUACCGCUAGUACAGAAUCCAGCUCGCUCUUCUGGCAGACCUUUUUCGUCCUUCGGCGCCAAAAUCAAAGCUACAGUGAUGAAUUUUUCGUCAUUUUUAUGCUCUCACUAUGUAACUUUGUCAGCUAUACUCAAGACACUAGGAACUCUUUAACAUCUAAAAGGGACUUAAAGAGUUUGUCGCCUAUAAAAAUUUAUGCAGUAACGACGUAGGUCGCUUGAGAGUCAAGAAGACGGAAGAUUGCAUAUCGAAGGACUGUUUAUUUUGAAAAUUUUCAAAGAUUCCGAAUGCUAAGUUGCACAUUGAGAUUGAAAAAGAGGCCUCUGUUUGUCAAGCGCACACGUUAGACCUAAUUAAUUAGUUCAAGACAAUCUACGGUUUUUUGUGACGAACGGCACACCAUCAGUACAUCGAAGCAUAAAUGAAACCUGCUGAUUUGUUACUCUCAUAGGUGACUUCGAAAUCGGCUCGUUUUGAAAUAAGCCGAUCGCUGCAUUAGAUGUCUAAAUUGUCAUCUUGAACCUGGUAAGGGUAAGUGUUCAAUGAAAGCUGGGAGGUUCAUUUCGGCUGUCGGUAAAAAGUAUCAGCAUCUAUUUUUUUACUUAGGAAAGAUUGCUGUCGGGACCAUUGUCGAUGCAGACAGAUUAAGUGGGUUUUAGCUAACCUAUUACCGCCUUCCCUAUGGACGUCUGGUCUUUGUCCAUAUAACUGCUUAAGUCAUUGUGCCCAUGAAGUUUUCUUCAGCGAGGGAACGGUCUUAUUUGGAAGGAGAAGUCCGUAAGAUAUUGCUGGCAGAAGCAAAGAGACUGGCAUGGACCAGUUUUUGGAAAAGUGGAAGUCAGAAGCAUCACCCCUGGGGUGGAGGAGGGGGGCGUUACCCAACACUCAUCCCCGGAAGGCUCCACAUUUUAAAGUUCUGGCUGGCUAAAGGAUUCCUCAUUUUUGAGCAUCCUCCUUGCAUUCCUCACCAUCUCCUCUUUCGGAGCGUUCGGCCUACCUAGCCAAGAGAACCCUGCGGCCAAUAAUGCCUGAACGAAACUUAACUUAGUUGAAGCAUUAUAAACGCUACUUAUAUCAAGCAAGUAAAACCUUCAUUAUCGUCAUUCUUUGCCAUUUCAGCUUUGUUCGCCUUCUUGAGUUUUGUCUGCUUCUGCUACUUGACGCAUCGCUGGUCGAAUACCUCGAAGAAGUGGCUUAAUCAGAAGGGAUUCGAGCACUGGCAAUGGCGUAACGCUCGGUCGACCAUCUUCUUCACUUUUGUCGCUGUCGUCCUCUGGGUAGGCCCUGAAGUUAAAAAUCCCUUUCCUAGCCUAAAAGUACUGGUCAAGCAAGACUAUUUUCGCUGCUACUUAUUCACGCUUUACAUGCUGCAUGAUAGCAUUUGCAAUAUCCUCAGCGUGUAAGACUCAAGGUAAGAGGCCCAAUCGGGAGCCGUAAGAGAUUGUAUUGGAGGAAACAAGGAAUUACUUGGUACCGACAAAGACAAGGGAGACCGGAAUGGCCACUUCCGACUUAUUAGCAGUCAUCAGCAAGCCAUAUCCAACCCCAAGUGUGGAUCACUUGGGGUUCGAACCCGGGAUAUUUGGUAAUGGAGUGUGACACUACUAUUCUACUUCUACUACUAGUCGCUGUGCGACUUAUUGUGAGGGUUCUAGCAUGAGCCCCAAGGUACAGCGGAACGAGCAUGUUCCGUAACCUGAUCGGUGAGCGCCCAUCUGUCAGAACAAGAAAUUUCAAAUGCCUUUUAGUUGAAACGGAGACAAAUAGGCUUACUCAGAAGACAACGCCAUUUAUAUUUCGACCGUUUUAUGCCGCCAUAAUCUAACAAAGGAUGUGUGUGAAAGCUGUGGAGGAAAAAUUUUGAAGCAUAGUAUUUGCUUAAGAGGAAUAAAUUCCAAAGACCAAAAUCCAUAAUUCCGCAAGUCUCUGAAGGAAAUACAAAAUUUGCAGUUACCCAGGUUUUGCGUAGACAGAAAAUUACCACUCCUCUUAGGCAAGAAAUUUGCUAAGUUAAGUUGUUACUAUUUUAUUUUAAAGUGUGAAUUUUUGUUUCGGUUGGAUUAUUAUUGAGGAUGUUUGUUUAUCCGAAUUUAGUGUAGCUGCAGGCUUCGUGUUGCAAAUAUCGAACUGCCUUCGAAGUUUACUAAGAUGGGGCUUAUCACUGAAAUUCCAUAAAAUAAAUUUACUGACCACCUUAGGCAAUGAGUCGGGCACCAUCUUCAGUUUUGUUUUUCAAGGAAACCACCCGAAAGAGAUAUUCCAGCAUAAAACUCCAAAAGUAAAACGUUAUCAGAAUGUACUUUAUAUCCUCUUUUUAACUUUUGGAUGAAUUGCGUUUGCACAGCGUGUCAUUCUGCGAAACUUAGAUUCCCAACUCUCUCUACCCGCGUCGGCACACUUGGUAUUUAUUCGUCUGGGUUUUUUUUCCCCAGAGCUGCCUGACCUUCCUGGCCCUGGUGCGUUUCCGACAGAGUGGACAGGGUCUCUUCUCAGCCACCCUCACCCAUCCCGGUAUGGUCGGUGGCGAACCAGUCGUCGAUCCCUCGACCGGGGUUGGCGACUAUCCUCCACCCACCGGUGGUGCCUACAGUCAUGCCGGAGUAAAAGGCGGGCCACCUUCGGCAGGCUUUCCCUCACAGGCAACCCAGCCUACCAGCAACGUGUCUGGCUACCCAGGCGAUGGCACUGAUCAGUACUACCCACCCACCUUCUAG